AUGGACAUGGUAUUCUCAAGCCUCGAUGAUUUUUAUUCAAUGUAUGUUAAGUAUGCCAAGGAGUAUGGGUUUUCAGUCAGGAAAGGGACUACAAAGACAAACUCUAAAGGUGUCUUACAUAUUAAGUAUUACUUGUGUACGAGAUCUGGGUUAUACAAGGACAAGAAGGUUGAUACGUUGGACCCCAAUCAAAAGGAGCGAGUAGUGCGAUCCAACUUUUCAAAGAGGACUGAUUGUGGUGAACUGUUAUGUGUACUUUUUGAGGCUGGAUCAUGGAAGGUGUAUAAGUUUGUCGAGGAGCACAAUCAUGAUCUUGUUGAACGUCCUGAUAAGCAUUUUCUUCCAACUGAACGACACCUCACUCAGCUCCAAAAGCAUGUUAUACACAGCAUGUCUAAGCUGAAUUUGGGUCCCGUCAAGGCGUUUAAUGUUAUGAAGACUUGUUUUGGCGGUUUUGAAGAAGUGGGUGCAAGUAAAGUUGAAUUUAAGAAAUAUAAGAGAUACUCUAUGGUGUUUGUACCGUUCACUGGUAUAGACAAUCAUCACGGAAAUGUUACAUUUGGUGCAACAUUAUUGGUGUCAGAAACUGCUGAUACGUAUAUUUGGUUGUUGAGAGUUUUUUUAAAAGCUGUUGGUUCUCAACCAAAAGUUGUUGUCACUGACCAAGAUCCAGCAAUGAAGAAGGCUAUUUCUGUUGAAUUUGUUGACACGAGGAAUCGGUUAUGCAUGUGGCAUGUGAUGAAUAAACUUUCUCUGAAGGUUGGUGUUAGGCUAUGCAAUUCCACCAAUUUUAAAGAAUGUAUUUGUGGUGUUGUGUGGACGGAUAUCCUCACACCUGAAGAGUUUGAAUCAGAAUGGGAAGCGGUUAUCGCAGAGUUCAAUUUAGCAGAUAAUGACUGGCUAUCUGAUAUUUUUGCACUUAGGGAAUCUUGGAUCCCUGCAUACUAUAGAAUGGUGGAGAUGUCUGGUCUUAUGCGAACGACAUCGAGGUCGGAGAAUGAGAAUCAUUUUUUUGGUCAAGUGUGCAAUUCGAAAGCUACUCUUGUUGAGUUCAUGACGCAUUACGGGACUGCAAUAGAAGCACAGCGUCACACACACCGGAAAAAUGAUCAUGAAUCUCGAUACAAAAGACCCCAGUUGAAGAGUAAUUACCAAUUGUUGGAAGGGCAAGCUCUUGACAUAUACACAAAAAGUAUUUUUUGUGACGUUCAAGCUGAGCUUAUUGGAGUUGCGGAUUGCAUAAAUCAGCGUUACGAAGAUCAGCCUGAUGGGUUUGUUAAGUUUUACAUAAAUGACUUUCAACAGCCUUGUACAUCUUUAUUUGCGAGAAACAUUCUAUGCAUGGCGUUAUAG